AGUCGAUCGGCUCACCGGUGAGUGAUCCGUCGCCAUCGAAGAAAUCUCGUGUUGAAGAAGCGCCGCAGAGCAGUAAUUUGUCCCCAAUUGAACUGCUCACUCUGUUGUUCGAAGAGCAAGAGAAAAGAGUACUUGAGCUCGUACUUGACGGAUGCGGUGGAGAUGUUCUGCAGACGAUCCAGCAUUUUGCAAGCGUACGAAAAUUGAGAAAACACUCAUUUAUGAAGAGUUGCGCAAUGCAAAACGAGUCACCUUUCGCUCGACUCAGCAUGACUGGGCCAUGUUCGAGGGCGUCUUUCUCAAUGGAAUCUCUUUUACAGAGACCAAUGUUCCCUCCGUAUCCAUGGGCUCCAUUUCUACCGUUGAUGACGCCGGUCAGCCAGCAACGAAGCGAUGCCUCACUAUCGCCUGAGAAUUCAUCUCUCAGCAAUGAAUGA